AUGCGGCUCUUCUACAGCGCGCUGGCCGUCGGCGCCGCCGGCUUGGCCGCGAAGCGGAUGAGCACCGCAAAAAGGCCGGUCGUCACGGCGGCGGACCUGGGCUCGACCAUGCUGCUGCCCGUGGCCGACGGCGCCGUGACCGGCGCCGCCGUGCCGGCGUCGUCGCUGUGGUCCAAGGCCGGCGCGCUCAUCUUCGUCGUGCGGCGGCCCGGCUGACCGCUCUGCCGCGAGGAGGCGCGCGGCCUCAGCGAGCUCGUCAAAAUCCGCGGCAGCCGGCAGAACUUCGUGGGCAUCAUCAAGGAGGUCGCGCCGACGAGCCAGGCGGCCAACGACACGGUGCUGGGCGUCGGCGAGUUCGAGCGGCAGUACUUCGGGGGCGGCGCCGUCUACCUCGACGAGGGGAAGCAGUUCUACGGCUUCCUCGGCGACCGGAAGCUCAUCUCGACCAGAAACGUCUUCAAAGCGCUCGUGCGGCCGCUCAAGACCUGGCGGAGCCUGCGGGCCGUCGGCGACCGCAUGAAGUCCAAGGGCAUCGAGGGCAACAUGGUCGGCGAGGGCCUGCUGCUCGGCGGCGUGCUCGUCGUCGACCGCGACGGCAGGGUGACCUACUCGUACCCGGAGACGACGGGCGAGCCCGCGCCCGUCGACGCCGUCGACGAGGCCCUCGACGCCCUCGACGAC